UAUAGUAAUUAGUCCGAAUAAAAGAUUUAUGCAGAGAAACUUGAAAGGGGUUUAAACGGGCGUCUGCUAGCCUAGCCGCCCUUUGUUCCUCCGAUGUUCGCCGCACAAUGAAGCGUGUGCGGAAACUUUCGGACGCAGCCCAAGCCGAGUUCCAAUGUCUCCACAGGCACACUCACUCUUCUAAACCCGAAACCCUACCUCCACUUUCCGUAUUCACUCUUACAAAGUCCACUGAUUAUAGAUUUACCCGCUAUUUCAGCUCGCCUUCCCGCCCCAACCCCUCCCAAAGCCUCAUUCGUUUGCUCUCCGACAAGCUCGCAUACCCGGCCGCCAGCGCUAGAGAAGAUUUGACAAAAAAUGUAUCGUCUUUGACCGUUGAGUUGCUGCAAUACGUUGGGGAUUUGGAUAGGGUUUAUGAGAUUCUGGACGAGAAAGGUUUGCCUUUAUCUCAGAAUAAUAGUGAUGGAUCUGCUUUUGUCGAGCUGAUCAAGCAGUUGCGUUCUUGGCCUGAGUUAGCACUAGAGGUUGUUCGCUGGAGGAGAAAGCAGUCUGAGUGUGGCACUCCUAUGACUCCGCAGGAGUAUUCAACCUGUAUUAGUCUUGCUGGUAGGAUCAAGAAUGUAGAUCUUGCGGUUGAGCUGUUUAAUGAGGCAGCUAACAAAUGUGCUAAGACAACCAUUACUUAUAAUGCUCUAAUGAGUGCUUACAUGUACAAUUAUCUUGGUGAUAAAUGUCAGUCACUAUUCUGGGACUUGAAAAAGGAAACAAAUAUCAGUCCUUCAAUUGUUACAUUCAACAUUCUUAUAUCAGCAUUUGGCCGUUUGUUGCUGGUCGAUCACAUGGAGGCAGCAUUUCAGGGAAUAAAGGACUUAAAUCUCUCACCGAAUUUACACACAUAUAAUAAUUUAAUUUCUGGAUACCUGACUGCCUGGAUGUGGGAUCGUAUGGAAAAGACUUUUCAGAUGAUGAAUGCACAAGGAGUAAAGCCAGAUAUGUAUACUUACUUGCUAAUGCUUCGGGGGUAUGCUCAUGCAGGGAAUAUCGAUCAGAUGGAGGAGACAUAUGAAUUGGUAAAACAUCAUGUUAAUGAUAAUGAAAUCCCAUUGAUCAGAGCCAUGAUAUGUGCAUAUAGUAAAAUUUCUGUUGCUGAUAGAAUUGAAAAGAUUAAUGCUCUAAGAAGGCUUAUUCCAAAGAAUAAGUAUCAACCUUGGUUGAAUGUUUUAUUGAUUAGGGUUUAUGCUCAGGAGGAUUGUUUACUGGGAAUGGAAAAUUCAAUAAAUGAGGCAUUUGAGCAUAAAACUUCUGUAACAAGUGUCGGAAUUAUGCGGACCAUUAUUGCAUGUUAUUUUCGGUGCAAUGCAGUGGACAAGCUUGCUAACUUCAUAAAGCGCGCUGAAUGUGCUGGGUGGAGAAUCUGUCGGUCCUUAUAUCACUGUAAAAUGGUUUUGUAUGGAAGACAAAAUCGCUUGGAAGAAUUGGAGAGUGUCCUUAAUGAAAUGGAGAAUUUCAAUAUUAAUCGCACUCAAAGAACAUUUUGGAUAUUGUACCAUGCCUACUCAAUGUGUGGCCAAAGACAAAAAGUAAAAAAAAUAAUAGGUUUGAUGUGGAAAUAUGGAUAUGAGGUUCCUUUUGAUGUGUUACCAUCAUAACAUUCCAAUUCAUGCAACAGCAUCCCAUGCAUCACAAGUUGCAAAUAGCAUUCAGUUAUUUUAAACGUUACAUCAAAUCUCUAAGAUGGGAUUGAGAUUUCAGAUAGUGUAUAGGUACUCAUCUUUUCUCUUGCUUUGUUCUUCAUUUAAAUACUUUGUAUAAUAUUCUUGCUAGUUUGAAGCCUUUGGUUUAUAAACUCCCUGGUAUUGCAUAAGAGUGUAUUAAAUCACUAUAUGGUCUAAAUUCACCUAUAGUGUGGUGCACAGAGGUCAACAUUGAUGGAAAUAUUUUUUUCAAGAAAUUCAGUUGUCUUGCAUCAGUUUCUCAAUGUGGAAAACGUGCAUCUUAUGAUUUUGUGUGUCUAGACUAUGUUUUCAGGUACAAUUCAUCUCAUUCAUGAAUAUGGGGUGAAACUAUCUAUUGAAACUAUGAGUUUGCUGAUGGAGUUUAAUUCUGUAAUGUAUAGGAAAUAUGUUUGAUGGUCAAAACUUGAAGAAUUGUAACACAUGCGAUUCAUCUCAUUCAUGUAUAUGGGGUGAAACUAUCUAUUGAAACUAUGAGUUUGCUGAUGGAGUUUGAUUCUGUAAAACAGGGCUUUUAAGAAUUAAGAUAUUUAUGUAAGUGAUUCAAUGCUUUAACAAAGAUAAUGGAGGCGAACAGAAAACCUUCAAGAUGCAAUGGAGAGAGGAAUCAGAAAAAAUCCUGCUCUGCAUACCUGCUACUACAACUACCUCCUCCCUAGUUGAUCUGAGAAAUCAUAUCUAUGCAAUGUCUGAAGACACAUGCAUAUUCCUGCACCUUGUUACUCUGAAAGGAGGCCGCACCUAGUGGGACCCCAAAAAGUUCUGUUACCACAACGACAGUCUACUAGUAAUAUUUGACAUUGUUGAGUGGACCAAGACGACCUGUACACUUGAUUUUUACAGGAGUUGGGAUCAAAUUCAGUAGCAUGCUAGAUGUAGUGCCUUUCUGCGGUAAAGAGCAAGCUCAAGUUCUGUUUAUUUCCCUUGACUAAAUUUUGUAGAAAGUUAGAAUAGAGAAUAGAGACAUCUUUUGCCUAUAAGGAAGUGAUCUGGGUUCAACUUUACAAGAGCCAUGUAAUCUCUUGUCAUCUGUCAGCAGCAAGGUUGAAGGUGAUCCUGAAGUGUGUUCUGAUGGUAAAAUCCUCUUAAUUACUGAAGGAAUACUCUCAAUGUUGAGGUGUAAAAUACUAUAUAUAGGUAGUUGGAACUAAUUUUUGUGAUUUGGUUUGAAAAAUUUGCUUCCAACAAUAAUAGGCUUGUUAGAUUGACCUCAGAAGUUGGUGUUGGUGUUAAAGCCUGCUGAGGAAUAAUUUGUUAGUGGUGUUUAGAAUUUUGAUUCUGCACUGCUUCUAUCAAAUUAUGUGGCUGGGGAUGGGUGGGGAAAAGGAUGUACUAUGAAUAUCUUCAGUUUCUUGUGUCAUUUGAACAAUGAUAAUGUGAUUCAGUUGUUUCAGAUUUCUCA